GUUUUUGAUUUUAUAGAGGUAUAUCGGAAAAUUUGUAAACAUUGAUAAUUUGCUCUAAUAAUUAGGAAAAUUAAAGGGAAAAAAAAUCAAUACAUAAGAAUAUUAUGAAUCGCUUAUUUUUACUCAAACGUUCUUUGAUUCGUUGUACUGGAACUAACAAUGAAGCAUCAAAUUUCCUCCAAGGUAUCAUUACAAAUGAUAUGAGGCUGUUUAGUGAACAAAACUGUAUAUACACAUUAUUUCUCAAUAAACUUGGACGAAUCUUAUAUGAUUCAAUCAUCUACAAACUUCCAACAACAACAAAUACGGACGAAGAAAAGUUCUUAAUUGAAUGCGAUACAGUCAUUGCCGAUAAUUUAAUGAGACACUUGAAAUUAUACAGAGUUAGACGAAAGGUUGAUAUAUCGUUAUCUGAUGAACAUAAUCUUUGGUUUUUAAACAGAUUGGAAAAGGAUAUUAAAUACUCAAAUAAAGUCAUGCCUUAUCAAGAUCCUCGAGUCAGUGGUUUUGGAAUAAGAGUAAUUGCAUCCAAAGAUUAUGAUUUGGAAGAAAAGCUGAAUGAAAAUUUAGGAAGUGAUACAGACUACUUUGAAUACCGUUACAAAUUAGGAAUUGCUGAAGGAAUCUUAGAUUUAUUACCGGAAAAAAGCUUCCCACUUGAAUCAAACUGUGAAUAUAUGAAUGGAGUAAGCUUUCAAAAAGGAUGCUAUAUUGGUCAAGAAUUAACAGCCAGAACUUAUCAUACAGGAGUUGUUAGGAAACGAUUAAUGCCAUUAAUUUUCGAACAGAAAAUCGUUAUGAAUGAAAACGUCGAUAUCAAAAAUGAAGAGAAACAGUCUGUUGGAAAAUUGAGAAACAUUUCUGGAAGCUAUGGACUUGGAUUGAUGCGAAUCGAGCAGGCAAUGGCUGCAAAAUCUUUAAAUUACAAUGAAAAUCCUUGUAAAACUGAAAAACCUUUUUGGUGGGCAUAAAACAUCUAAUCUGCUGGCUAACGUGAAAACUAUUUACUUUUUCAGAAUGGAUAAUAGCGAUAAAACAGCAUCAACAAGCAAAUGUGAAAAGGAGCAACAGGAAAAAUUUCAAUUUUUAUGCAAAGAAUGUUUUAUGUCUGAGCUGGUUGAUUAUUAUGGAAAAAAGCCUUCUUUUACAAGAAACAUUGAGUUUAUUGAAGAUUCUUACAUAAAGAAAGAUCCGUUUUCAGCUCCUCCAUCCAGUAAUUCAAAACGUUCUUAUACAGAAUAUUUUAUUGUGAUUGGAUCAAAAUGCAAUAUCUGUGAAGAGGCAUUUUGUAAAGACUGCAGUAUAUACUAUGAUAAAACUUUUUGCUAUCGUUGUGCUUAUAAUCUUGUAACUGAAUUUCCAUUAGAAAUACAAAGUAAAAUAAGAAAGGAAUAUCUAGCAAUAAAAAAU